CCACACUGUAAAAGCCCUGCGCCAAAUUCAAGCUGGCAAGAUAUCAUUCCCCUUCCUAUCCUAUUUACAUUGCCUGACGCAUUUUACUAUGGUCUCCUCUCGCAAACUCUUCAAGAAGACCCUCCUCAUAGCCAUCAAACCAUCUCGUUCUGCCACCUCAACCCUGACUACGAGACCUAGCACUCCAACCGAUCUGCCAAUCUUCCCACAAGAGAUCUUUGAACAAAUCAUCUCCCACCUCACCGACAACCCAUCUGCACUCCGGGCUAUCGCGCUCACAUGUCGAGCUCUAUCUCCGCUCGCUCUUAAUCCGCUAUGGUACCGAGUCCCUGUUGGCCUCCAAUCCAAAUCACCUCUCAAAACUCAUUACUUUGGGCCUACCACCAGAGAAAUUAUCAGUCUCGGGUUGAUCAAGCCUCUCCCAUUCCCAAACCUUUCUGCAGAGUUGAGAGGUAUGACUCGUGUGAUCGAUUUCUAUUUUCGGCACUUUGGGUGGUCGCUCGCCCUAUAUCGUCGUGAGCACCGUUUCCUCGAGUUGUUCAAUAAAGUCAAGGCUAUCCGAAUACACCUUGAUUCAUUAUGCGGCUAUAUGUCUUCUACAGGGGUGCCGUCCAAGUUUAGGGAUGAAGAUGCGGGAUACGAGAAUUAUGCGCCGAGGUUGCCUGCUUCCGAAAAGGUCGUCUUUAUCGGGCCAUGCUACGAUCCUUAUUACGGAAGUUGGUUCUGUUCGUGGAAAGGCCAUGAAUGGCUAUCAUCCAAGGCGCCCAAAAAACUUGUACUCCUCCUCAAAACCAACGCCCACCCCAUCUCCUUUCGACCAGGGAGCUUUGCAGCUUCCGUUCUCCUUAGCACAAGCAUCCCUGACCUUCGCGAUAUCGUUAUUAUCUUCCACCAAGGCGCCAAACGAUAUAAACCGUUGCGCACCAUCGAAGGGGACCCAUGGCGUCAAGUGAGAAAAGAGAUGGUGGUACUGUUAGCUGCGUUGAGGAAAAAGUACCCAGGGACGCGAGUAACAUUGGUGAACACAGGAUGUUUCAGGGCGACGUGGCUUGGAUACAAUAAACCUGUUGAAGAAGAAGCAGUACAACAAAAGGUAAUGGAAGGGCUGAAGAAAGUGGGGGCAGCGAAAGGAAUCAAACUGUUUGGCAGGUUUAGCAAUUAUCCCCACCCUCACUCAUCGGGAACAAGUCCAGCCGUAAAAAGCUUGGUUGUAGACGGCAGAACGACGGAUAAGAAUAAUAGGGGGAAAAGUGCAAGAGAUGGUAUCGGGACGCCGAAUGCAGGGAAUGAAAAGGAACGACUAAUGUCGUUGGGUGAGUACUUGAGAGUAGAAGAUUGGGAAGGAGAGCUGGACGAGCGUGAGAUUGGGUCAUGGCUCUGAUCAUAAUGUUGCUCUUGCUAUCAGACACUUGUAGGCGGACAUCUCUAGGCCUGCAAUACUGACAUCUAAUGCAAGAGGUCAAGGCAGUAUUACAGAAUUGGCGUGGAUGAGGAUCCUAGUGGUGACACCGAUAGAAAAGGCUUUGCACAGACAUUGUGAUGGAUGCACAGUGUAGCAUGUUAUUGAUUCCUGUUUGGUGCAUGCUGGCCUUGGCUCAGUAAAUCGUUUACAAGAUGGAAAGGACAAGAGGAGGAAGAUAAGAAGGAUAAUGUUACGACUCGUCCCCAACAAGGUCCGGCCUUGGAGACGAGAUGGAAAGCCGUAGUUUAACUAAACGAUG